GGUCAGACUCCGUUAUGUGUUCUAUCCGAAAACAAGUGGUACCUUUGUCCUGAAAUUCCACACAUCCAGGAUGUGAGAAGAGGCGGGUUCCUUGUAUGGCUAAGCGUGCAUCGGUUCGUUUACUUCAAACAGACAGAGCUGUAUCACUACUACUCCUUGUGUAAAGAGUUCCUGCAGUUUUCAUCAUGCCAAGCUAAAGAGGUGCUGAAGUGGACAUUUGCAGACCAGUGGCUGCUGAAGAGAUGCCUGGGCAGUGUGAGAGGGAUGAGGCGCUUCUGUUCUUUUGUCAAAGGCACUCGUGGAGAGGAGUUGGUGACGUUCUUUGUGAGAGUGGAGCGUCUCCUGCAGAUACACUGGCAGCAGGAUAGGACUCAGAGGAACCGCUACCAGGCCCUGCUUACUGUCAUCAGAGCUGUCCAUCUCACCGAAGGCUCCAUCAUCAUGACCACCUGUCGCAUCCCCUCUGAGGGUUUGUUGAAGAUCUUCUCAGGGAGUGAACCUGGUGGGAUGGAUCAGAUUCUGGAUCAGAUGAGGUCCAAAGCCUUAUGCUGUCUUCAGUCCUACUGGCUGCCCCAGUACCUCAGCUCCUGUAAGCUCUCCAUCACCAAACUGAAGGAGUGUGCCUCCAUCGCCAAAGAGUACGAGGACGUUGCCUCUAACCUCACCCUGGUAGAGAACCCGGCUCCGCUUGACCCAAUGGGGUGGAGUUUAGGCUCGCCACCUUCAGAGGGCCUUACAGUGACCCGGACCUACUGCUCCAAAGUCAGGAAGAGGCUGCUGUGGAGGGCCCAUCAGAGGCCUAGCACAGGGCAUUGGGUUGGGGCAGCAGGGAAGCCUGAUGGGCCGGCCAUGCAGCAGUGGUUGCCCAUGGCCGGAGACGGAGACCAGGGAGAGUGUACCAAUAUAGUGCACUACAUGAGUAGGCAUGGGGAGGAGAUUGUGGUCGGUGGUGACAAGAAACAUGGGGGCAGUGGCAAGAGGGAGGGCAGAAGCAAGAGAGGAGAAAGUGGGAGCUCAAAGAGAAGUACCAGUACUCUCCUCAGAAAGGUGAGCUCUGCUACUCUUGGGCCCAGAACUGGCCCCCUCCCUGUUAUGCCCAUCCUCCCAUCCAAGAGCCUGUCCAGUCUGGACAGCAGCAGCAGCAGUGACCCCAUCAUCCCCCCUCAUGCCUGUAUGGAGACCCCCAUCUGCCACCUCCCCUCCAUCACCCCCACCACCACCCCUGUCCCCCCUACUCCCUCUCCUCCUUCCAGAACGGUCUGGGGCACACCACACUACGAUGAGCACCUCUCCCUGGCCCUGUCCGCUGAUGCUCUUGCUGGGGGUCCCUAUGAGAAUUUCCUUAGGGUCAGGGGCCAGGGGGUCAUGCUGCACCACCUGGGACUGUGGCAGGAGCUGGAUGGCUUCCUCAACCUCCUGCUCAAGAUGGAGGAGGGCCCUUCCAAGGCUCUGAGACAGGUGCUGGCUAGAAAGUUAAUGGCUGUGUACUUGAGUGAUGCGUGGCAGUGUGUUAGUCGCCCUGAGGGUGAGCGGUGCACCACCUACCUGACCAAAUCCACCGUCUGCCACCUCAUAAACCUCCUCCCCUCUGGCAAUGUGAUGCCCUGGAUCUACACGGCCAAGCAGGAACUAUGCCAGAUUCUGGGUCCCAGCUACAAUGCAUUUCUGGAUGAAGAAGACAAAGUCCUUCUCUUCUAUCUGUUCACUCAGAAUGAGGUAAAGGGGAAAGUGAGUCAUGGAGCGACAGCGCCCUCCAGUGCUCCCACUGCUCCAGAGCAGCAGGUGAGGAGGAUGAGGGAGGCUCUGGCUCUCUGUCAGGCCAUUGCUGAGCCUCUCACUGAGGAGACCUGGGCCCUGCUGCCCCUAGAGGACAUCAGCAGGGGAGGCUCUGUCCACUUGCACUACAGGAAGACCAAUCUGUAUGACCUUCCGUUUGAAACCCUUGCUGAGAAGUACCCCAAGGUGGCUGUGGAGGCGAUCAGUAAAACUCACAGGCUCUACUAUGACUGGAAGCCAGUACAGGAGGAGACAAAGAAGCCAGUGGUGACAUCCAGUACUAAGAAGCCGUUCCACCUGAUGAAGGACAAGGACCACAGCUUUGCCAAAAAACCAUCCAUGAGACCAAGGUUUUUAGGGGAGGUGAUGAGAAGUCCUACCAACCUGGAAUUCUUCAAGCGUUACCUGAGGGCCUAUGAUGCUCACGGAGCGCUGAACUUCUACCACGAGGUGGAUAAGCUGCGGCACGUCGACAGCCUCCUCCAGAAGACGAAGAUCAACAGCAUCGUGGCCCGCUUCCUCAGACGAGCAGACGCUAAGGAUUAUCUUCAGUGCAGUGCCAACCUCAUCUCUCAGAUCCCCAAGAUGAGACAUGUUUCUCCCGACAUACUUUUUGCAGCUCAGGAUCUGGUUAUCAAAUCUCUGGAGGCAACCUGGUUCAAAAAGUAUCAAGAGACCUUUCCUCCUUGUACCAAUGUUAUUGACACCAGCAAAAGAACCGUCAUCCUCACAAACAAACUGAAACAUGUGUGGAGCGUCUUCUCCAGGUUAAUCAAAAGCAUCUGUAAAUUCCGUAAUGCCAUGAAGGACAUUCUGACCAGAAGCAAGUUUGAGGCCUACCUCAGACACAACUGGCAUGACUUCUCUCUAAGGUACAUACCAUCAAUGGGGAGCCGGCAAAUUGAAUCUGUUGACCUGUGCUCGGAGGACGUAGACUCGUCCAACUUGAAGAGGCGAGUCAUCAACCGCAAACUGAUAACAGUGGAGUUCCUUGUCAACGAUCUGUCGUUCUACCUGGAGACAGAGAGUUUCAGGAACAUGGCAGACUCGGACACUAUGAUGGCGUCAGCGGGCAUGUAUGGGGAGAAUGACAAUGCCCUGCUCCACCAGAAAGCAGAGAUGAUCAUCAAGCUCUUUCUCAAGUCAGAGAUCUCUCCCAAACUCAGGGUUAACAUAGCAGAGAGUGCCAGGGAUUCCAUCCAGCAGGCCUUUGCCAUGGGCAAGGUAGACCGAGGGCUCUUCCAUGAAGCCAUCAUGGCUAUCUUCCCUAACCUCAUCUUCUGCUGGAAAAAGUUCUGUAGCCAAAAGGUGAAAAAAGGUAUAGUUGGAGAUUAUUCUAAGAAAGAAGACUCCACAGAUCUUCAUGACUACCUCCAUCCCUUAAACUCUGACUUGUACCGGAAGGUACAAACUACCAUGUCCAUGACGGACGAUUGCGCCACCCUAAGGUUUACUGUUCAGGAUGGUCUCAAUCUGGUCCUCCCUCAAACCAGACUAGAAUUGUGUGCCAGUGUUCUCAGCCCUGCCAAGAGCCCCAUGGGUAGACGGAGAUCUGUCUCUACGCCUGCCUCCUCUGAAUUUCCACAACUGGAGGUGUCCAACCAACGCAGAAAAUCUAUUGGUCCCAUUCUCAGGUGGAACCUGCAGUGUCUGAGAUGUCAGAGAGGCAGAGGGACUGUUCCUGACCACUGCUGAUGUGUGGAUGAUUUUCUGGUGCUUUACUGCAGCCGAAGCAUCACCCAGGUGGGUGCUACACUGUCGGUAAUGGAGGAUCAGCUACCUACGUAGGAGCGGCUACUAUGGAGGAUCUGGGAAUGUCGGACAAAGCGAUGGGCCCUGAUGAAGAGCUCCUGGCUUGUGUGACAGACUGACUUUCUCCCUGGCUUUACUGUAUCAUCGAUGCGCCCUCCGCUCAAGCCAUGCUGACUUUUCCAAACUGACUCAACUCCAUUCGUUUUCCAUUUUAAAUGUCUUGUUCACUGAAUAAUUAUAUAUUUUGUUAACAAGAGGAUCAACAUUUAAAUACGUUUCUAAACUUUUUUAAAAAAUGCAUUGUAUCCACGUGUUGUUGUAUUGUGUUUUUUAAAAAUUACAAAUAUAUCAUAAAAAGUGUAGUGCACUUGACUUGUUGUUGAUUUAGGAUUGGCAGAAUGACAAGGUGUCAUCUCAUCCAAUGAAAGUCAUAUAAAACUGUCAAUCUGUCAUUACGAAACAACAGAGUGCAUGAACGCAGCUUUGACUACAUGCUAAUGGCUUCCCCUAACGGUCGAUCAUUGCUCUGUUGUUAGCCACAUGCUAAUGUCUUUAUAUUAUGUGAGAGCUCCUCAAUGGCAUGCUGUUAGCUUUAUACUAAUGAACUUAAAAAAGAGUUAAUCACUGUUGCACUGUUUGCCACAUGCUCGUCUAUUGCUACAUCAUCAUGGUGAUGUGUUCCAGGGGUUAGCAAAACACUGGCGUAACACAUGAUCGCUCUUUAUGACUCUGGUGCCAGGAAGAGAGAGGGCCCACAGACGACGCUAAAAAGACUCUAAUGACAAGCCAUUCAGUGCAAUCCAAUUAUGCAAAAGGGAGUCUAAACAAUUCCAUCAUCCCCUAAAUUAGAUUGUCCUAACGAGAUGAAGGCACCAAUUAAUCCUGAAUUAAUUUCUACAGCUCAUUUUCCACCAGAAAAUACUAUAAUAUGCAAAUACCAACCAGCGCAGAGACAGACAAGUGCCCUUCUGCAGGGGUUUUGGAGCAGUUUAGGAUAAUUUGUUGUGUUUUGGGUUUAAUUGAGAUUAGCACAGAGGUGCAUCAAAAAGGAAGAAAGAUAACAUAGGGAAGGGGUGUUGGGAAAAGGAAGAAUCACUAGCACAUUUAAAUUGAUUGCAGUGGGUUCCGUUUGAGGAAAGGGUCAUAGGUGUCUGGGAAAAGAUCCUCAACUUACUAACUGAUUCUGACAUAAGAGCAUCAGACUAAGAGCAUCAGAAGAGUCAACAAGGGUACAUCUGGCCGUGCCCUAGUCAGAAUUUUUCUGCUUACUUUAAAAACAAAACAAUUAAGAAUUUAGUUCAUUAUCAUCCUCACAUUCCUAAUUGUUUGCCUGCCAGCUGUCUAGAGUUGUGAUAAUUGAGUGAUCUGACACAUUUUUAAAACAGCUUUCCCGAAACAAACUCCCCAUCAGCACUUGUUCACAGAAAGGCACAAUUUAGUAAGCUUUGAUACACAUAGUUGGUUUUUUAAGACAUUUACUCAAAUCUGCCAUUCACUGAUACUGUUAUCAUUUCAGUUUGAGGCUAGAUGGUGGAGGGAGAGAAACAGCCAUGUGUGCUGCAUGGUAUCACUGAAGGUUAAACUUUCAAUCCUAGGUUCUUUGACUAUGAAGCUAAAAAUAUCAUAUUGAUUUUGCACUUUCAUGAAUUGUAACAUUACUUUUUUAAUUGCCUACUGUUUUAAUCUUUCUUUUUCAUUUAACAGUCUAACAGUGAUGUCAGAAAUAGAAGGACUCUCCAUAACUAGGCCCUGCUCACAAUAGAACCGCUGGUGCACAUAAGCUAAUUAUACAAGAAAUCAAGUAUUGAAAGGUGACUGCACGCAUAUUGAUUGCAAAGCCAAGCACUGCCAGGUUCUAAAUCAUCAAACACUAAUGAAUAAUUUCCCUGUUGGGAGAAUUACAUUUUAUUUUAUUUCGUUUGACACCAUACCUGGCAGUACAUACACUGAUGACGUUUCAUAAAGUGACAACUAAGCAUCUAAACACAGCUGAACUUAGCCCUGCAGUUCCUGUUUGUGUUUGUUUUGACUUAUCUUGGAAUCCAGAACCAAAUCUUGUGCCAGACUAGUUUUGACGUACCUUAUGUAUAUAUUGUGACAAUGUAAUUUUCAUUACAUGUAUGGUUUGUAUAAUGGUUGCUUACGGUAGUAUUCUCUCCUCAGGUUUUUUUGUCUAUGAUGCCUUCUUGUUCACUUUCAGCCUCUGAAAAUGAGAGAAAAUACUAAACCAAUGGACUGUGACACAGAGAAAAGAUACCCGAGAUAAGAGCCCUCUUUCUUCUCCCCCUCUCUCUCCCUCCCUCCCGGUCUUCUACUCUCUCUCUGUGUGUUAUUUUUCGUCUCGGAGAGGCUGGGCAGUAAAUACCAUGCUCCUCAGACCACAGACCCAAUGUGACCCUGCAACCUCCGUGUCUCCAACGCCUCUCCCAAGGUUCCUGGUUCCAAGGCCUUCCUGAUGCACCGAUGCUAUGGCUGCAGUGCGGCCCAGGCCUGUAAUUCACCCUGCUGCUAAAUCGCCUGCCAGCAGCUAUUGAUUUUUGUUUCCCCAACCUCCAGGAGAGAGAGAAAGAAAAGAUUAAAAACACUUUGUCAGUUUGGUGGGGAAUAAGAAUUCUGCGCAAAGGGAUACCUAGGAGGCCAAGAGGUCAGGGCUGAGGCACUGUAUGUCUUUAUGUCUUUAACCGUU